AUGCCCUCGCAGAGGAGACGGGCCCUGUCCGAGCGGAGAAGCCUGCCGUCACAACAAGGUGCUGCGCGUGCCGCCCUGCCGGCACAGGCAGCAGGAACUGGGAACUGCUCGGUGCUGGAGGCCGUGGCCCUGCCCUACAAGCCCUACUUCUAUGUGGCCACGCAGAAGGGCUGUGAGCGAGAAGUGUCCUCCUUCCUCUCCAAGAAGUUUCAAGGAAAAAUUUCAAAGCUGGAGACCAUCCCCAAAGAAGACUUGGACCUGCCAAAUCACUUGGUGGGUCUGAAGCGGAACUACAUUAAGCUGUCGUUCAACACGGUGGAUGACUUGGUGAAGGUGCGGAAAGAGAUCUCUCCUGCUGUGAGGAAAAACAGAGAGCGAGACCAGGCAAACGACGUCUAUACAUCAAUGCUGUCGAGUGCUCUCGCUGGAGGCAGCCUCACCACAGACGAUGAGGGACCCACCAAAAAGGUUGCCAACCAAAUGGACAACAUUGUGGACAUGCGGGAGUAUGAUGUACCCUACCAUAUUCGCCUGUCCAUUGACCUGAAGAUCCACGUGGCUCAUUGGUACAACGUGCGGUACCGGGGCAGCGUUUACCCCCCUGAAAUCACCCGCCGCGAUGACCUUGUGGAGCGCCCGGAUCCUGUUGUUCUCGCCUUUGACAUUGAAACUACUAAACUCCCUUUGAAGUUUCCUGAUGCGGAGACAGACCAGAUCAUGAUGAUCUCCUACAUGAUUGAUGGGCAGGGCUACCUCAUCACAAACAGGGAAAUUGUCUCCGAGGAUAUUGAAGACUUUGAAUUUACUCCCAAGCCGGAGUACGAGGGUCCAUUCUCUGUCUUUAAUGAACCAGAUGAGGCUCAUUUAAUCCAGAGGUGGUUUGAACAUGUCCAGGAGACCAAACCUACCAUCAUUGUCACCUACAACGGAGACUUUUUUGACUGGCCUUUUGUGGAAGCAAGAGCAGCAGCUCAUGGAAUUAAUAUGUAUCAGGAGAUCGGAUUUCAGAAGGACAGUCAGGGGGAGUACAAAGCACCACAGUGUAUCCACAUGGAUUGUCUGAGGUGGGUGAAGAGAGACAGUUACCUCCCAGUGGGAAGCCACAACCUGAAAGCAGCAGCAAAAGCAAAACUGGGCUAUGACCCAGUGGAGCUGGACCCUGAGGAGAUGUGCCGGAUGGCUAUGGAGGAGCCGCAGACUCUGGCCACCUAUUCAGUGUCUGAUGCAGUUGCUACCUAUUACAUGUAUAUGAAGUACGUGCACCCUUUCAUUUUCGCGUUGUGCACCAUCAUUCCCAUGGAGCCUGAUGAGGUGUUAAGGAAAGGUUCUGGGACACUGUGUGAGGCCCUGCUGAUGGUUCAGGCCUAUCACGCCAACAUCAUCUUCCCCAACAAGCAGGAGCAGGAGUUCAACAAACUAACAGAUGACGGCCACGUGCUGGACUCGGAGACGUAUGUAGGAGGCCACGUAGAAGCUCUGGAAUCCGGGGUUUUUCGCAGUGACAUCCCCUGCCGCUUUAAAAUGAAUCCUGCUGCCUUUGACUUCCUGGUGCAGCACGUGGAGAAGACGCUGCGGCACGCUAUCGAGGAGGAGGAGGGUUUGCCACUGGAUCAAGUCACCAACUUCCAGGAGGUUUGCGAUGAAAUCAAAGUGAAGCUGAAUUCUUUGAAGGAUGUUCCUAACCGAAUCGAGUGUCCCCUUAUCUACCACUUAGAUGUGGGGGCCAUGUACCCCAACAUCAUUCUGACCAACAGGUUGCAGCCCUCAGCCAUGGUGGAUGAGGCCACAUGUGCUGCCUGCGACUUCAAUAAGCCAGGUGCCAAUUGUCAGCGCCGGAUGACAUGGCAAUGGAGAGGAGAAUUCAUGCCUGCAAGCCGCAGCGAGUAUCACCGCAUCCAGCAGCAGCUGGAGUCUGAGAAGUUUCCUCCCCUGUAUCCGGAUGGAGCAGCCCGGGCAUUCCACGAGCUUUCCCGUGAAGAACAGGCCAAAUAUGAGAAGAAGCGACUGGCAGACUAUUGCCGCAAGGCUUACAAGAAGAUCCAUGUCACCAAGGUGGAGGAGCGCGUCACCACCAUCUGCCAGCGUGAGAACUCUUUCUACGUGGACACCGUGCGAGCUUUCAGAGACCGCCGCUAUGAGUUCAAGGGGCUGCAUAAGGUGUGGAAGAAGAAGCUGGCUGCAGCCGCGGAGACAGGAGAUGCCUCAGAAGUGAAGCGCUGCAAGAACAUGGAAAUCCUCUACGACUCCCUGCAGCUGGCACACAAGUGCAUCCUCAAUUCCUUCUACGGCUACGUCAUGCGCAAAGGGGCUCGCUGGUAUUCCAUGGAAAUGGCUGGGAUCGUCUGCUUCACCGGAGCAAAUAUUAUCACACAGGCUAGGGAGCUGAUUGAGCAGAUCGGGAGACCUCUGGAAUUGGAUACAGAUGGGAUUUGGUGUGUCCUUCCUAACAGCUUCCCAGAAAACUUUGUCAUCAAGUCAACCAACACAAAGAAGCCCAAGGUGACCAUCUCCUACCCAGGUGCCAUGCUGAACAUCCUCGUGAAGGAAGGCUUCACAAACGAUCAGUACCAGGAGCUGGAGGACCCAGCCUCUCUCACCUAUGUCACACGCUCAGAGAACAGCAUCUUCUUUGAAGUGGAUGGGCCAUACCUGGCCAUGAUCCUCCCGGCCUCCAAGGAGGAGGGCAAGAAGCUGAAGAAAAGGUACGCGGUCUUCAACGAAGACGGGUCCUUGGCUGAACUGAAGGGCUUCGAGGUGAAGCGACGGGGGGAGCUGCAGCUGGUGAAGAUCUUCCAGUCUUCCGUGUUUGAGGCCUUUCUGAAAGGCACCACCCUGGAGGAGGUCUAUGCUUCUGUAGCCAAGGUGGCUGAUUACUGGUUGGAUGUGCUGUACAGCAAGGCUGCCAACAUGCCUGAUUCAGAGCUGUUUGAGCUGAUCUCGGAGAACCGGUCUAUGUCUCGCAAGCUGGAGGAUUAUGGGGAGCAGAAAUCCACAUCCAUCAGCACUGCCAAGCGCCUGGCAGAGUUCUUGGGAGACCAGAUGGUGAAGGAUGCAGGGCUAAGCUGCCGGUUCAUCAUUUCCAAGAAACCCGAAGGGUCUCCAGUCACAGAGAGGGCCAUCCCCCUCGCCAUCUUCCAAGCGGAGCCCGGCGUGCGGAAGCACUACCUCCGGAAAUGGCUGAAGAGCCCCUCGCUGCAGGACUUCGACAUCCGGGCGAUUCUGGACUGGGACUACUACAUUGAGAGACUGGGCAGCACCAUCCAGAAAAUCAUCACUAUCCCUGCAGCACUGCAGCAGGUAAAGAACCCAGUCCCACGAGUCCGGCAUCCCGACUGGCUGCACAAGAAACUCCUGGAGAAGAAUGAUGUGUAUAAGCAAAAGAAAAUCAAUGAGCUCUUCACUUCUGAAGGCAAGAGACAGGUCCUUGCUAACCAGCCCCAGCAGGGACCUUCCAGCUCCCAGAUUGGUGACAUAGAGGAUUUUGGGUCUGCCAAGACCCUUCAGCCAUUGGUUGCGGUCGCACACAAGCGGAAGCGGGUCCCUGUGGCCGAGGAAAGCCAACAGAUGUCCCAGUAUCUGGAACUGUCCCAAUCCUGGCGAGAGAUCCUGGGCCCACCUCCUGCUAUGGGCACUACUAGGGAGGAGCAUCUGGUUUGGUUGCGCUACCACAAGAAGAAGUGGGACACCCUGUCCAAAGGGCUGAGCAGCUACCUGCGCCGGACAGCGCGCAGCAUCCUCGACUUGCCCUGGCAAAUCGUGCAGAUUGCUGAGACCAGCCAGCCUGGCCUGUUCAGGCUGUGGGCAGUGAUUGGAAGCGACCUGCACUGCAUCAAGCUGAACAUCCCGAGGGUGUUCUACGUCAACCAGCGCAUCGCGAAAGCAGAGGAGGGAGCUGUGUACAGGAAGGUGAACAGGAUCCUACCCCGCUCAAACUUAGUCUACAAUCUCUACGAAUACUCAGUCCCUGAAGACAUGUACCAAGAGCACAUCAACGAAAUCAAUGCAGACCUAUCUGCUCCGGACAUCGAGGGCGUGUAUGAGACUCAGGUGCCGUUGCUGCUGCGAGCGCUGGUCCAGCUGGGCUGCGUGUGCAUGGUCAGCAGGCAGCUUGUCAGACACCUCACGGGGCGAGAGGCUGAGACCUUUGACAUCGAGCACCUGGAGAUGCGCUCGCUGGCUCAGUUCACUUACCUGGAGCCAGGGAGCAUCCGCCACAUCUACCUCUACCACAGCUCCCAGGGCAGCAAGGCGCUCUUCGGCCUCUUCAUCCCCUCGCAGCGCAAAGCUGCAGUGUUUGUGCUGGACACGGUGCGCAGCAACCAGAUGCCAAACCUCACCAACAUGUACUCAUCGGAGCGCAGCGCUCUGCUGGAAAAGGUGGGCGAAGAGCUGCUGCCCCCAGACAAGCACACCUUCGAAGUGCGCGCCGAGACCGACCUCAAGACCGUCUACAGGGCCGUCCAGCGGCUGCUGCUGGGCUACAAGGAUGAGCGCCGGGGUCCCACUCUUAUCGCUGUGCAGUCUAACUGGGACCUGAAACGACUGGCGAGCGGGAUUCCCAUCAUUGAGGAGUUCCCCUUGGUCCCAGUCCGAGUAAUAGACGACAUCAGCUACUCGGUGCUGGACUGGCAGCGCCACGCUGCCCGCCGCAUGAUCCGCCACUACCUCAACCUGGACACGUGCCUGUCCCAGGCUUUUGAGAUGAGCAGGUAUUACCACAUCCCCAUUGGGAAUCUCCCUGACGACAUUUCCACCUUUGGCUCGGACCUGUUUUUCUCCCGCCACCUCCGUCGCCACAACCAUUUGCUGUGGCUGUCACCCACAGCCCGUCCCGACCUGGGGGGCAAGGAGGCUGAUGACAACCGUCUGGUCAUGGAGUUUGACGAGAGAGCCUCCGUGGAGAUAAACAACCCGGGCUGCUACUCCACAGUGUGUCUGGAGCUGGAUAUCCAGAGCCUGGCUGUGAACACAGUGCUGCAGUCUCAUCACAUCAAUGACAUGGAAGGAGGUUCCAGCGUGAGCAUCAGUUUUGAUGUGAUCCAGCAGGCGUCUCUGGAAGACAUGGUGACAGGGAACCAAGCUGCCAACAUCCCUGCCAGCUACGACGAGACUGCCCUCUGCUCCAACACCUUCAGGAUUCUGAAGAGCAUGGUGGUGAGCUGGGUGAAGGAGAUCACACAGUAUCACAACAUCUAUGCAGACAACCAGGUGAUUCACUUUUACCGCUGGCUCCGCUCUCCGUCCUCACUGCUCUACGACCCCGCGUUGCACCGCACUCUGCACAACAUGAUGAAGAAGCUUUUCCUGCAGCUAGUGGCUGAGUUCAAGCGUCUUGGCUCUUCAGUGGUUUAUGCCAACUUCAACCGGAUCAUCCUGUGCACCAAGAAACGGCGAAUCGAGGAUGCUAUCAGCUACAUGGAGUACAUCAUCAACAGCAUCCACUCAAAGGAGAUCUUUCACUCUCUGACUAUUUCCUUCUCCCGUUGCUGGGAGUUCCUGCUCUGGAUGGAUCCAGCAAAUUAUGGAGGUAUCAAGGGAAAAGUGCGUUCUAGCAUCCACUACGGGGAGAAGGACACCAGCAAGAGCCAAGUAUUGGAUGAUGACAGUGAAGAGGAGGAGGAGGACAGGGAGGAAGAAGAGGAGAAUGGAGAGGCAAAUGUGGAGGAGCUGCUGGAGAAUAACUGGAAUAUUGUGCAGUUCCUCCCUGAGGCUGCCUCCUGCCAGAACUACUUCCUCAUGAUUGUGUCGGCCUACGUCGUGGCCGUGUACCACAGCAUGAAGGAGGAGCUGCGGCGCAGCGCCCCCGGCAGCACUCCCAUCAAGAGGAGAACCACCAGCCAGGUCUCGCAGGAGCCCGCCGCGGAGCCGGGAGCCAUGCCUGGUAUGAUCACUUUCUCACAGGAUUAUGUGGCCAACGAGCUCACCCAGAGCUUCUUCACCAUCACCCAGAAGAUUCAGAAGAAGAUGGCUGGUUCCCGUAAUGCUACUGAGCCUUCAGAUAUGUUCCCAGUGCUGCCUGGCUCCUACUUGCCGCUCAAUAACCCAGCUCUAGAAUUCAUCAAAUAUGUCUGCAAGGUGUUGUCCCUGGAUGCCAACAUAACCAACCAGGUGAACAAGCUGCGCAGGGACCUGCUGCGCCUCAUCGAGGUGGGCGAGUUCUCAGAAGAAGCCCAGUUUCGGGACCCCUGCCGCUCCUACGUGCUCCCUGAAGUCAUCUGCAGGAACUGCAAUUUUUGCAGGGACUUGGACCUGUGCAAGGACCCUGCCCUCUCCCAGGAUGCCUCCGUGCUGCCCGGCUGGGUGUGCUCCAACUGCCAGGCCCGGUACGACUCGGAUUCCAUCGAAAUGGCGCUGGUGGAGGCGCUACAGAAGAAGCUGAUGGCCUUCAUGCUGCAGGACCUGGUGUGCAAGAAGUGUCAUGGUGUGAAGGAGACGCACAUGCCCGUGUACUGCAGCUGCGCUGGAGACUUUGCCCUCACCAUUUCCUCCCAGCAUUUCAUGGAGCACAUCAACGUCUUCAAGAACAUCGCUCGGCACUACAGCAUGGAUUACCUGCUGGAAACCAUCGAGUGGCUGCUGCGCACGAACCCCCGGCUGCAGCACUGA